GGAGCCGCCGUUUCAUUGGUCCGGUGGCGCUCGGUGUGUUAGUAGGUACGCGUAUGGUGGGGGUAACCUGGUUCCGCGCAUAGAGCGAUAGACCGAGAAAGAGAGAGAGAGAGAAAGCAAGACAGAAAUCAGAGCAGGACGGUGCAGAGAGCGGAAGACCAGCGUGUCUCCUCUCGUGCAUGCGUUCGCCUGUACGGCACGGUGUGUGCGUGCCACCACACAGAGGAGGGACAGACAGAAGGACGUAUGCGUGGCGCGGUGAGAAACGUGUUACGAACAGUGACAGACAAGAUGGCGGUGUACCUUGUGCGGUGGUAGUAACGGUGGUGCGUGUGGCACGUUGAAAAAAAAAAACAACAACAACACAACGGUGGAACGAAAGGGGUUAGAACAGGGUUGGCAGCUGGAUAACGUGGUAUGGAGCCACCUCUCACAUCGACCACGAGACGUCGCGGUCAUCAGCAUCAUCCGCGACACGCUACCCGCCGACGUCUCGACACCUCCAGCAGAGGACCCGCGCAGUGUGGCCCUGCUGGUAUUGUUAAAGAGACAACGAUUGGUUUUAAUGAGACAUCGUCGAACGCUACGUCACCGAGACUCGACGAAAAGAGCAGUGUCAUCGAUACGACGGACUGUUCCACCGCGGUGAGACGAGCCGCGACCGUCGGCGCGAGGUGGCUACGUAACAACCCGACGGUGGUACCAUCCACGAAAAAAGAUCCAAGAACAAUAACGACAGUAAACACGAACAUCCGACAGAGGCUCGCGCAGUGUAGCCCGGAUGUCCUCGACGAACGACACGAACAGCAAGUUCGUGAGAAACACGAAAACGAGGAGAGCUAUGACAGCUUCGAUAUUGAACCGUUUGACGGGUCCCGGACGGGACCACAUGGCAAGGAGAUGUCCGAUGACGAGUUCCUCGACACGAGGAGCAAAGACACAUCACCGGAGCCUGAGCACGCGGUCGCGAGGGCUCGCGGUGACGGGAACUCCGACGACGACGAGGAUCCCGAGCUGGUCGAAUUGGCCAAGCUGCGAUGUCCCAGCGAAAGGGCAGAAGUACAGGCCGAAAGAGAGGCUAGACGAAGGAGAAGAUGCGCCGAUUAUCCUGGAUUGGCAUUCGGUUCAUCCAUAUUCUCCAGCGAAACGAUGAUAAAGUUCCGGCUGAUAAAGAACGAAUUGCAGAACACUAUGGGAAACCAGCUGAAACGGGCUGAGUCCGAAGUCGCCGCCCUGAAUCGUCGCAUCCAACUGUUGGAGGAGGACCUCGAGAGAUCCGAGGAACGCCUUGCAACCGCCACUGCUAAAUUGGCAGAGGCGUCGCAGGCCGCAGAUGAGAGCGAACGGAUACGCAAGGCACUCGAAAACCGUACCAAUAUGGAAGAUGACCGGGUAUCCUUGCUGGAGCAGCAGCUAGCACAGGCUAAACUGAUCGCCGAGGAGGCGGAUAAAAAAUACGAGGAGGUCGCCAGAAAACUAGUCAUGAUGGAACAGGAUCUCGAGCGCGCCGAGGAGAAGGCGGAACUUUCGGAAGGGAAGAUCGUCGAGCUGGAGGAGGAACUGCGUGUGGUUGGCAACAAUCUGAAGUCCCUCGAGGUCUCCGAGGAGAAGGCAAACCAGCGCGAGGAGGAGUACAAGAAUCAAAUUAAGACUCUCACCACUCGUCUAAAGGAGGCUGAAGCUCGUGCUGAGUUCGCAGAAAGAUCCGUGCAGAAACUCCAGAAGGAGGUCGACAGGCUCGAAGACGAGCUCGUACACGAGAAAGAAAAGUACAAAUACAUCUGCGACGACCUGGACCUUACUUUCACCGAAUUGAUCGAGAAGAAUUAAUUGAUAGUCGGCGAUCGAACGUGUCCAUCGCGGCUGUCAGGGAUCGUUGGCCGCUCGUCACAAAAAAACUAUACUACCGGAUACACUCACGAUCGUGGUCACAAUACCGAACCGGCCGACCCGCUACGUGUAACUUUAUUAUUGUAAAUUAAAAACGGAACAGAGAACAAUCACUGCGUUAUGUUAAAAAAAAAAAAACAAUAAUUACGUUUCGCGAUUUCCGGGUGUUCUGUAUUUUUUAUUUGUUCAUCGACGACGACUCCGUUCACAGUACAUAUGUUAUGUUCCUUGGUUCUUUUUUUCUUUUCUUUCUUUUUUGUAAAUUAAUCGACUCAAUUCCCUUCGAUCUAAAAUCGUAGUCGAGUCACUGUUUAUUUAUUUA